AUGGGCAAAAGAUAUCUCGCAGAUAUCCUCGAGACGAUGGGCGACCAUGUAGAUGGUCUCAAGUUUGCUGGAGGUUCAUUUUCUCUCUUUCACGAAAAAUCACUGCGGGAAGUAGUUGAUCUUGCCCAUGAGCACGGCGUGUAUAUCUCAACGGGUGGAUGGGCGGAGCAUCUCCUCACACACCCCAAUCCAAAUACGGUAUUUGACCGCUACUUGGAGAAAUGCAAGGAUCUCGGACUUGAUGUCAUUGAACUGUCUUCAGGUUUUCUGUCAAUUCCAGAGGAUGACUGGCUCCGUCUUAUCGAUAAAGUCCACUCGUACAAGUUGGAGCCAAAGCCUGAAUUGGGAAUUCAAUUCGGAGCCGGCGGAGACACACCUGCCUCGGGGCUUGAAGCAAUUGGGACCUCUGAUCCUGGAAAAUUGGUAAAUCUGGGUCGUAAAUUUCUCGAUGCUGGUGUGAAACGGUUGAUGAUUGAGUCGGAAGGCAUCACUGAAAAUGUUAAAUCCUGGCGGACUGAUGUGGUGUCGAAGAUCAUGAAGGAGCUUCCUCCUGAGCGUGUCAUGUUUGAAGCUGCAGAUCCCAAGGUUUUCAAUUGGUACAUCCGUGAAUUUGGUAUUGACGUCAACCUAUUUGUGGAUCACAGCCAGAUUGUGCAGCUAGAAUGUCUGCGGUCUGGCAUCUGGGGCACGGCCGACACUUGGGGCAAGAUAGUGUCGUUCCGGCAAUGA